AGUUUUCAAAAUCUUUUUCUUGAAGGACUCUUUUCCUUUUCUUCCUAUUCUUUUACACAAGUUCUUGAUGUAUAUUACUGAGAUCACUGUUUUGUCACAACUUUUCCUUUCCAAUUUAUUCAUACAGAUAGCGAGUUUAUUGGCAGAAAACACACACUAAUAUAUAUCGACAGUGUUAGUUCAAUAGUUUUUUUUCCAAGUAAUCUAGGGUUUAUAAUUCACUUUUAAGGUGGAUAAACGGGAUGUCUGGGGUUCUAACCUCAACCCCUAUAUAUUACGGUGCAUUGUCCUUGUUAAGUGAGCUAUGUUCACAAGGACAGCUCAAUAGGUUUUUAUCAGUGACAGAAAAAUGGAGAUGGUAAGUGCAUUCUCAGUUACAUCUCCAUCACAAUCGCAAGCACAUGAGGUUCACCAAUUAUCAUGCCCUACUCAUCAACUUCGACACCCUUCCCUUCACCUAUUACAAGAUAAAAAUAAAUAUUUGGACCAAUGUGUACCCCUAUAUAAAAAAGCACUAGAAGGUGAUUGGAAUGCAUCAAAGGGCAUGAUAGAUAGAGACAUUGAACUCCUAAACGCUGCAAUAACAAAGGAUUAUGGUACACUAUUACAUGUUGCAGCAGAAACAAAUCAUACUCAUUUUGUAGAGGAGUUGGUGAAAUUACUUGACUCAAAAGACUUGGAACUACAAAACAAUAAAGGGAACACAACAUUGUGCUUAGCUGCUGUAUCUGGAAACCUACAAAUUGUUGUUAUUUUGAGAGAAAAAAAUGGAUGUCUACCACAUAUUCGAGGUGCGAAAGGAAUGACCCCUCUUACUAUGGCUGCUUUUUAUGGAAGAAAUGACAUUGCAAGAUAUCUAUACAACCAUACUAGAGAGAUAUUGGAAGAGGAGGAAUGGAAUGCACUUUUCUUCCUUUGCAUCAACAAUGAUUUGUAUGAUUUAGCUUUGCAAAUGUUACAAAAACAGUCAACACUGGCAUUGGUCCGAAAUAUGAACAAUGAGACAGGCUUACAUAUCUUGGCUCGAAAACCUUCUGAUCUUAGCAUGAAGAGUACAAGUCCAUUUCUGGAACUUGUUAGAUGUCUUUGGGACAUACUUCUCAAUCAUGGAUGUACAGAAACACAUAGAACAAUCAUAAAUCAACCGUCAAAAAUAACAUUUGAUGCUACAAAAGUUGGAAAUUUUCACUUUGUGGCUGAGCUUUUGAGGUCUGAACCUGAUUUAAUAAGGGAUGUGGAUGACAAAAACAGAAGCAUAUUUCACAUUGCUGUUCAACAUUGUCAUUCAAGCAUCUUUAGUCUAAUACAUGAGUUAGGCUCUUUCAAAGAUUCAAUUAUAGAUCUUGAGGAUGAUGAAAGAAAUAACAUAUUACAUUAUGCUGCAAAAUUAGCACCUCCUUCUCAGCUUAACUUAAUUUCAGGUGCAGCUCUUCAAAUGACACAUGAAAUACUAUGGUUUGAGGAAGUUAAAGAGUUAAUGUCCCCAAUAGAAAUAAAGAAGAAAAAUUCUAAUGGCAAAACUCCUGAUGAGAUAUUUGCUGAGGAGCACAAAGAGCUAUUAACAAAGGCAGAAUCAUGGAUUGAGAGCAUAACUAAUUACUGUAUCCUAAUUUCAACACUGAUUUUCACUGGAGUAUUUACAGCAACAUUUAACAUACCUGGUGGCUUCAACAAAAAUACAGGCACACCAAACUAUUUACAAAAACAAGCAUUUCUUAUAUUUGCAGUAUCAAAUGCAACUGCACUAAUAUCAUCUUCAAUUUCAAUGCUGAUUUUCUUGUCUAUCAUCAUCUCAAGUUAUGCUGAAUAUGAAUAUUUCAAGUCACUUCCUUCCAAGUUGCUAUGUGGAUUGAUUGCACAAAUCAUCUCCAUCACAAGCAUGAUGAUUGCAUUUAGUGUGUCCUUUUUCAUAACAUAUUUUCAUGGUUUGAUGUCAUGGGUUCCAUAUUUUAUUUCUGUUUUUGCAUUUAUUCCUAUAGUUUUAUUCAAAGUUCUUGUAUUUCCACUUUGGUCUGAUAUUAUCCGAUCUUCUUAUUUUUGUAUGUCCCUAUUUCAACCAAGAAAAAAAAUGCUUAACUAGCUUGGAAAAUAGAGACAAUGUAAAUUAUA